UUUCCGACAGGCCUAACGUGGACAGGUUAAACAACGACUUCCUGGUCGUUUGACGUCACGGCUUUCUACGGAUCCCCGGAGGGACAAUCUUUGUGUAUUGCUUCGUUUACCUCAGGCAGUACUGCGCAGCCUGGUCUCCGUAGAUUUUCCUUUGGAUAGCAGAGCGGCACAGAAUGGGUUAAGGAGCGGAGGGUCUGGAUUCCUCCUCUCCUGAUCGCCAUGACGAACAAAUGAACUCUCGGGGAAUGAAAUUUAAAUUCCAUAAAGGAGAAAAAGUUCUCUGCUUCGAACCAGACCCGUCCAAGGCCAAAGUGCUGUAUGAUGCAAAGGUGGUGGAUAUUGUAGUGGGAAAGGAUGAGAAGGGAAAGCGGAUCCCUAAAUAUCUGAUUCACUUCAACGGCUGGAACCGAAGCUGGGAUCGCUGGGCUGCAGAGGAUCAUGUUCUCCGAGAUUCCGAGGACAACCGCAAGUUGCAGCGUAAACUGGCUCGGAAAGCUUUGGCUCGCAUGAGGAGAAAAGGAUGGAGGAAGCGACGUUGUCGUUUGCCAGGUGUUAACUCAGUGUUAAAAAGCUUACCUGAAGACGAAAAGGAGGAGAGCGAUGAUCCUUUGAUUUCAUCAUCUGAAGACGGUGACGACGACAAUUCAGACCCGGAGACUAUAAAAAGCGAGAGCGAGUCGUCUGAGGAUUUAGAUGAAAUGAAAGAAGAGCAGGAGGCCCACACAAAAAGGGAGAGUGAGGAGAAGAACAUCACGAUCAACAUCGACAUCCCUGAUGUGCUGAAGAAGAAGCUGGAGGAUGACUGCUACUACAUCAACAAGAGAAAAAAGCUGGUGAAGCUGCCGUGCCAGAUGAACAUAGUGAACAUCCUCGAGUCGUACGUGAAACACUUCACUAUCAACGCCGCUUUUUCUGCCAACGAGCGCUUCCGGCAUCCUCAGAGCUCCACGCAGUCCAACAUGAGCCCACACUAUGUACCACCUGAGAAAAACGAGGAGCUCUGUAAGGAAAUGGUGGACGGCUUGAGGAUCACCUUCGACUUCACCUUACCCAUGAUCCUCCUGUAUCCCAACGAGCAGGCCCAGUUCAAGAAGGUCAGCUCGUCCAAGUUCUUCCAGCCGAUCGGAGACGGUGCAGGAUGCUCUACUAGGUCUCUCGGUGAGCGCUCCCCGAGUCCAGGCCUGAACCCGUCCACUCCUCAGUCUACAGACGGACACUCUGCUCACAACGAGACCUCCAUCUCACCCGUUAUCACAGCAACAACGCCGAAACGCCGCCGCUGCACCAAUCCCGAUUCAGACAGCACGCACUCUCUGAGACGCUCCACGCGCAACACCUCCGGGGGAGAGAAGAGCGCCGAGGGGGGAGGAGGCAGCAGUAACACCUCACCUCAACCCAAACGCAGGCUCGCUGAAGUCCCGACUCCGCUUCCCAAAUUCUUCCUCAACCUGGAGAAGAGAACACCAGUCCACAGUGGCUCGUCCUCGCCGCUACCCCUCACACCAAGUAAAGAUGGCAGUGGCGUGUUUUCAGGGCUCGAGAGUCGCCGGAACAACGAACUGAACGAGGUGCUGAGUUGGCGUCUGACGCCCGAUAACUACCCCCUGAGCGACCAGCCUCCACCUCCGUCCUACCUGUACGGCUCACAGCAUCUCCUCCGCCUGUUCGUGAAGCUUCCGGAGAUCCUUGGGAAGAUGCAUAUGCCUGAGAAGAACCUGAGGGCCUUGGUGAAGCACCUGGAGCUUUUUCUCAGGUUUUUGGCUGAGUUUCAUGAGGACUUCUUUCCCGAGUCUGCGUACGUAUCUGCCACCGAAGCGCAUUACUGUAUGAAGCAGCCGAGGCCCAUCUGCUGAGACUAAAGCGUCAUUUCCCCUUUGUCCUUCAUGACUUCCAAGAUCUUUUCAUUUUUUUUUUUUUUUUUUUUUGGUGCUUGCUUUGUCUAACUUCCUCUCUCUAAAGGACCUCGUUGUAUGUCUCUCUACCUUUUUUUUUUUUUCCUUCUUCUUUUGGACAUGGAGUCUUCAGAAAGGCCGUCUUCAUCCCGCAGUUCAGCUUGCUUCCAUAGAUAGAUGCGAGUCGCGAGCCGUUUUUCCUUUCCCUCAAACAAAAAGCUUUUUUGACUUUCCUUUCUCCAGACCUCUGCCCUGCAGUCGCUUUCCCAGCUUCUGGCUUUUCCUUCUCUUUGCCACUAAAGCAACAAGAACGACUUCAUUAGGACUCGUGUGAACUAUGAAACCUUCCUGUAAGCUGGGAUUGUUAUUAAUGAACACAAAGGCAAGUGGUGUUUUCUCUUUUUAUCGCUCUCUACGCUGUAGCGGUUCCUAUAGCGUAAACGAUCCCAAAGUUACAAUUUGAGCCGGAGAUUUAUGGUUUGGGCUUUUUAUUUAACAAUACGAACAAUGUAUUUGCCACGCUCCUGAUUUUUGGAUGGUAGGUUUAAAUACAUCCAUAACCAAAAUGUAGUAAUAAGCUCACCAUGAUGACAUUUUUACAGACUCGUGCUUGUCUAAUUAAAUUAAAUUGGUCUGUAUUGCGUAAUGUUAUUAUCAAUUACUUUAAUCACUAAAAAUUAAUACUGUUAAAGACAUGUUUACGAUUUUUUUUUUUUUUUUUUUUUGGCCUAGGUUACCUCGAAAUAGUAGGUCUAUUUAAAAUCUGAUCUACAUCUACGAACCAGAGAGAAAGAGCUCAGGCGCCUCUGUGGCUGGCUUUAGGGCAUUCUGCGCUGUGCUUUGAAGGAAUAUGAUCUUACCUUGGAAACUAGGCACAUAUACUCCAUGUAUAUCGUUUCUUAAAGACCUAAACACAAAAUCUAAUCUUUGGUCUGCGUUCUUUCUGAAGUCGUUACCUUUAUUUUUAUGAAGCUUCUCAGAGUAAGAGCACCGAUCGAGGAUCAGCUCCGCUGCGUUGUAUGAUCAUGGACGGAAAAUGAUCCCGGAUCAGCACUUUUUUUUUUUUUUUCCUUUUCCUCCCCCCCACCGCCCCCAUUAGAGCCUUUUAUAAAUAACAUGAUAUGAUGUGAUAUUGUCUUGUGUGUUAUGUUAUUCUCAAAGAGGAAGUCCACAUGCCAGUUAAGUUCCUGGGUGUUAAUAUAAAUCCAUUACUUGAAGUGAAUGUAAUUUUUUUUUUUUUCCGUUUUGUUUUAUUUUUAAAGGUUGUAUAUUUCACAGUUUGUCCAAUGGACAUUUUUUUUUUUUUUUGUCACUCUCUGUUGUGCGUAUCUUGCCUCGUUGUAUAAUAAACCACUGCAGAAUA